AAAUUGAUUAAUAACAACCCUGUACAAUUUGACAAAUGCUUUUUGGACUGUCAACUGUCACUUUUCGGUAACCACUCGCGAGCAGGAAAAAAAAGAAAAUAAACAAAAAUAUUUACAAAAUGUCUGUUACCCUACACACGGACUAUGGUGAUAUGAAAAUUGAAUUAUUCUGCGAUGAUUGUCCGAAAGCGUGCGAAAACUUCUUGGCGCUCUGUGCUAGCGAUUACUUCAACGGUUGUGUAUUUUUAAGGAAUAUUAAAGGAUUCAUGGUUCAAACAGGUGAUCCAACAAAUACUGGGAAAGGAGGCACAUCUAUUUGGGGUACAAAGUUUGAAGAUGAAUUCAAAGAUUCAUUAAAGCAUUCGGACCGUGGAAUUGUGUCAAUGGCCAAUAAUGGACCCAACUCAAAUGGAAGUCAAUUCUUUAUCACUUAUGCUGCACAACCAAAUCUAGACUUAAAGUAUACAGUUUUUGGAAGAGUAAUAGAUGGCUUUGAUGUGCUUGAUGAACUCGAGAAGCUUACAGUAAAUCCCAAAAACUAUAGGCCACAUACGGAAAAGAAAAUAAAUAGCAUAACAAUGCAUGCGAAUCCCAUUGCGAAUGCUCAGGCAGGAAACUAAUAA